AUGGUUCGAAUAGUAAGACAAGGUAGAAAUUUUUAUGGUUCUUCUACUUGUUCUGUAACUAAUACAAAUGAUACAAAUAAUAUUACAAUAGUAUCCAAUUCAUCUUCACUAACUUCAAUUUCUGCAUCUUCACAAUCAAAUAUUGGCUCAGUUGAUGUCACUAAGUCCAUUGAUCAUCACAGAAAACAAAUUAUUUUAACUAUAAAUGAAUGGGUUCAUAAGAACAAGGAGAACCUUUCUAAUGAAGAUUUCAGUCUUGUUCAAGGAAUAGACUAUGAUGUUAAUGUUACUGUCAAUCCUGAUACAGCUAUUGUUCGCUGCGCCUGUGGUGUUAAAUCAACUUUAAAAUUAGUUCAUACAACUUAUCAGGCAAAAAAAUGUACAAUGAUGAAAAAUAAAUGUUCUACUAUAAAUGAAGAAGGAAAUAUUGAACCAGUUGAGAAAAUGGAGAAGAAUAUGCCUUUUGAUUCUUCUCAAGAUUCUUAUUCGACUAUUAUUAAUAACAACGAAGCAAGUACAUUGCCUAAAAAACGACAUGGUUCAUUUGCUUCUUCUAUUGAUCAAUCGACCAAAAGAAAACGUAUAAUUUAG